AUGGAAAACGAACUCGAUCAUCUCAGCUGGAACAUCAAGCAUGCCUUGUCGCAGCUUGAGGGACCCUUGUCGCAAGAGCUCGACGCAUGCCUCGAAGUCUCCCCGACAUCCAUGAGCACGUCCAGCGCGGUUUAUCGGAAGCUCUUGGACACGGUGCAAGUGUUGGACAAGCUUCUUGUCACUUUGACCCCACCUCAUAUGUCACUAGUAGAUGGUGUAUUUGCCUUCACGAACAGCAAAGUCUUGCUGUGCGCAUCGGAGUAUGCACUGGCCGACCAUGUCCAGAGGCUCCAGCCCUGCAGCAUUUCCGAGCUAGCUAAAUCCGCCGGUCUUCAUGAGCAAGGUCUCUUCCAAAUCAUCCGUUACCUUCGGGAAAUGGGAUACUUCCACCAGGACCCGAAAACCGGCAAGCUGUCCAACAACAGGCUCUCAGACCUCCUUCGCAAAGAUCACUGGGCCACCUGGCUCAACUGGGUCGACUUCUUCCCCCGGGAAUAUUAUGACCUUAUCUCGCAUCUGCCCGACCAGCUCAAGAGCGAUCAGCCCAAAACCGCCACAGAGCUAUUCUAUAACACCGACAAGCCCAUCUACCAGUACCUGGCCGAAACCGGACGAAUCGCCGGCUUCCACAAAGUCACUGGCACCGGAAGCGUAGUCGAGGCCCCAGGGCUGCUGGCCGACUAUCCCUGGCACGAAGUCAAAUCUGAAACAGUCAUUGACAUUGGCGCGGGUGUCGGUGAUUUCAUCCGGUCGUACCUGGAGCGAUUCCCGGACGCCCGGGCCGGUGCAUUUGAGCUCCCUUCCACUGCGGAGAUUCUGCAACAAAAGUUCCCUCCAGAGGACCCGCUGACAAGCCGGCUUGUCUCAGUGACCGGGGGCGACUUCUUCAAGGAUGAGAUUCCAAAAUCCUCUGUCUACCUCCUUCGUUGGAUCCUGCACAACUGGGGCGACGAAGACUGCGUCAAGCUUCUUCGCCGUAUUCGCGAUACCAUCACUCUAGUUCCUGGAGUCAGCCGGGUGCUCAUCGUGGAGUCUGUUCUUUUUGAUGGUCGUCUCGGUCGUGGGGCUCGAUACGCCGAUAUUCGCAUGCUUGCACGGUGCAGAAACAAGGAGCGCACGCUGGACGAAUACCGAACACUGGCCGAGGAGGCUGGAUGGCGGGUGGACCGGGUCGUUUCUCCCCGAGGAUGUCUCACACAGAUUCUUGAUUUGCGCCCGAUAGGUGUAAACUUAGUGUCACCGAAGCUGGGCAGCAACGGGGAUGGAGGACUUGAAUGGGAGUCUGAGUUGAGAUAAGAAGUUACAGACUGCAUUUGUGCCUGAUGGUAUACUUAGCUUUAUGAUCAGUCGCGAGAGAUGAGACCAGAAAUUGUGUAUGCCCUAAAAUGAA